AUGACAAAAUGCUUUGAGAAGUUGACUGCUAUGGGCCAACAGCUUGCUCCAGUACGUGCCAUUUGCUUCAUGAGUAAAAUAGAACAACCAAUAAACGAACGUCUUGCAUACAUGUACUGCCGUCAUAUCGAUGAUUGCUUCAUUGUAAUAUCAAGGCAAUCCGAGAUGGACGAAUGUUUCAGAAGUUUGAAUGAACGAUUGCAGUACACAAAACUCACUCGAGAACAACCAAAAGAUGGUUGGCUGCCAUAUUUAAAUGCUCAAAUAAAACUGCACUGUAAUAUUGAAGAACUUGUAUUGGGCUUCGGUAGUUGA